AUGUUUGCCUACACUAGAGAUGCUGUUAACAAGUCCCUUAUGAGGCCUACAGAUCUGGACAGUGGCAAUUGCCCAUUGGGGCAAUUCCCUUGUGGGAAUCUGUCUAUCUGUUUACCCCAGCUCUUACACUGCAAUGGGCACAAAGAUUGCUCCAAUGGGGCAGAUGAGGAGAACUGUGUGGAUAACUUUGGAUGGCCCAAGUUGUUUGACAUCAUACAGAGUGCUCGAGGCAGUCGAGGGAUGCAGGGAGAAGAAACACAUCUUUGCAUGCUGGAUGUCUUCCCUGAGCGCUGCAAUUGUUCGAGACUAACGAUAAACUGCUCAAGUCGGCAGCUACACUCGGUUCCCUUAGUAUCCUUCAAUGUCACAAAACUAGAUCUUAAGGACAACAAAAUCAGAUCUUUACGAAAUGGUGUCUUCAGCUUGUACCGAAACCUGGAAAACCUGCUGCUACAAAACAACAAGCUCCGUUCCAUACAACAUCUUGCUUUCUCAGGGCUUUUUAAACUGAAGAAGCUGUUUCUAAGCCAUAAUCGCAUCACCUCCCUGAAGGCUGGCAUCUUUAAGGACCUUAUCUCACUGGAAUGGCUUAUUUUUGACAACAACAAAGUCGCCACAAUUUCUCCUGGCUCCUUUACAGGACUGCAGUCUCUCUAUUUUCUGUACAUGAUGAACAAUUCCAUCAGUAAAAUCCCCCAAAAUUCCAUCUGUGCAGAAAUGCCCGGUCUUAAUUGGCUGGACUUGGAAGGAAAUCAGAUGCAAACAAUUCAAAGCUCAGUGUUCCAGGAAUGCAUAACAGUGCUAAUUCUUCGCAGAAAUAAAAUAAAAAAUAUUGAGCCUGGAGCAUUAUCCCAGAUGAACAAGUUGGUGGAUCUAGACCUGUCUGAAAACCAGAUCGUGGAUCUGCCCCCUUCUUUAUUUGACAAUCUGCAAGACCUUCAACAGUUGAAUAUCUCCUUCAACCCCCUUAAUCAAAUACCACAGAACCAGUUUGACCUUCUGACUAACCUACACUCCUUAAUCAUUGAGGGUCUCGAGAUCCCCAACAUUCAUAAUCAAAUGUUUUCAAAUCUUGUCAAUCUGUCCCAUAUUUACUUCAAGAGGUUCCAGUACUGCAGCUAUGCUCCUCAUGUACGUAGCUGCAAACCCAACAGUGAUGGCAUCUCCUCAUUUGAGAACCUCUUGGCCAACAUCUUGCUUCGAGUCUUUGUGUGGGUCAUGGCCUGUGUCACAUGCUUUGGGAACUUGUUUGUAAUUUGCAUGAGGUCCUUUAUUGUUACUGAAAACUGCCAGCAUACAAUGUCAAUCAAGUCUCUCUGCUGUGCAGACUGUCUGAUGGGAUUCUACCUCUUUUGUUUGGGCGCCUUUGAUAUAAAGUUCCUGGGGGAAUAUAACAGACAUGCUCAGCUUUGGAUGGAGAGUUGGGGGUGUAAACUUGUGGGCUCCUUGGCCAUGUUGUCUUCUGAAGUCUCCGUCUUGAUGCUCACAUACAUGACUCUGGAAAAAUACUUGUGUAUCGUUUUCCCAUUCAGCCAUUUUCGAGCAGGCCGUGGACAGACACUUUGUACCCUGACUGCCAUCUGGGGAAUGGGUUUCUUGAUAACAGUGAUUCCCUUCCUCAGUUAUGAAACCUUUGGAAAUUUCUAUGGUCGAAAUGGUGUCUGCUUCCCACUGCAGUCUGAUAGCACAGAGAAAUCUGGAGCACGAGGAUAUUCUGUCAGUAUAUUCCUGGGGUUGAACCUCUUAGCAUUUGUCACCAUAGUGUUUUCCUACAGCAGUAUGUUCUACUCCAUACACAAGACAGGCGCCAAAACUGCGGAGCGAAGUGUCGUUUCCCGUGAAGUCACCAUAGCUAAGAGGUUCUUCUUCAUAGUCUUCACAGAUGCUCUAUGUUGGAUUCCCAUUUUCCUUCUGAAGGCUGUUUCCUUAACAGAGGCUGAUAUACCAGGUACCAUCACUUCAUGGGUUGUCAUUUUCAUUUUGCCAAUUAACAGUGCCCUCAAUCCAAUCCUGUACACUCUUACCACCUCUUCUUUCAAGGAAAGGCUUAAACAGUGUCUGCAGAACAAAGGACACCGGUUGCAAGAAAAUGGCAAGAGUUUUACAUUGGUGUCUAUCGAAACCAACACAGCCUGACAUCAGCUCAAAAAACAUGUCCACAAUUCUAGUGUCUUUUCCUGCAGAUACAUUGGAGACCUGCAGAGAGGCUAUGUUACCACCU